CUCCCUACUAUCUCUCCCCCACACAUCCGAGAGACCAAAGCCUAGACCUUCCGCUCCUCAUUUCCGGGAAGGCUCUCUCUCUCUUGCAUAUCUUUACCCCCUGAUCUAAAUCUCCCAUCACAACCAGUCCCCCACAAAAAAUGGAGCAACCCAGAUUUGUUAUAGAAGCAUGCGAAGCUGAAUCAAUGGCCAAAAAAUCGGGUCUAACGGUUCCCCAGCUCCUCCCUACCCUAGUUCAAGAGGCCCGGUCCUUGGCCCGCACCCCCAUCUCCAACUACUACGUCGGUGCCGUCGGCCUUGGAUCCUCCGGCCGCAUCUUUUUUGGGGCCAACCUCGAAUUUCCGGGCCUGCCUCUACAUCACUCCGUUCACGCCGAACAAUUUCUCAUCACUAAUCUCACUCUCAAUGCUGAACCCGGGCUCAACUACGUGUCCGUAUCCGCCGCCCCCUGUGGCCACUGCCGUCAGUUUUUCCAGGAAAUUCGCAACGCCCCCGAUAUACAGAUCCUCAUCACAGACGAUAGUAACAAUAAUAAUUGCAGUGGUGUGUCUCAGAAUAAUGGAGACACAAGGGAAUUCGAGUCCUUUUCCCGCUUUUUACCGCACAGAUUCGGACCAGAUGACCUUUUGGAUAAGGAUGUUCCAUUAGCUCUAGAACCUCAUAAUAAUCACUUGUCCUUUCUUUAUGAUUCUAACAGUAACAUCCCAAAUGGGAUUAAUACUCCUGUUUGCGAUGAUUUGAAAUAUGAGGCUCUAAAGGCCGCCAACAAAUCUCAUGCUCCGUAUAGUAAUUGCCCAUCUGGGGUGGCGUUGAUGGAUUGUGAAGGAAAGGUCUAUAGAGGGUCGUAUAUGGAGUCCGCAGCAUAUAAUCCGAGCCUGGGGCCUGUACAAGCGGCGAUUGUGGCGUAUAUUGUGGGCGGAGGCGGUGGUGGCUAUGAGAAAAUUGUGGCUGCUGUAUUGGUGGAGAAGGAAGGGGCUGUGGUGAGACAGGAGUACACGGCAAGGCUGCUUUUGCAGGUGAUUUCGCCCAAGUGCGAGUUUAAGGUGUUACACUGUGGUAUGAAGUCUUGCUAAAUCAUCUUGUAGCUAUUGGUAACUUUUGUUUAUAAUCUCCUCGCUGUUUCUUCCUGUACUUGUUUCAAGGCCUAAUUUCUUGGCGAUGGAAGAUGGAAACGAAUGAAUCGAUCUCUAAUCAGAUUCCAUUUUCUUUAUA